GAACGAUUUCCAUGGAAAUCGCGGUUUUGGGGGAGCUCGACGAGGUGCAUUCAGUCGCGGGCGUGGAAGUUAUCAUGGUGGUUAUCAGGGCGGCAGUUUUCAGCGAAACCGUGGACGAGGAAGCUGGGGUUGAGAAGAUUACUGAGAAUAUUCCAAAGGCAAGUGAGGAUAUAGAAGUGGAGAAAUGCGAAAAUAUGAUUGAAAACGAACUGCUUGGAGAGGAGCAUGACACUGCAUAUAUAGUCCGCAUUCCAAAAACGACGUUUCUUCAACCUCCCGUCAAGAAUACCCCGGAGCAGAUCGCUUCAAAGCGGGAUUUUUGGCGAGAAUAUAUGAAGAAGAAAAGGAAAAUAAAUAUUGUUGCUCCAAUGGUAGAUCAGAGCGAACUAGCAUUUCGAAUGUUUAUGCGGAAAUACGGAGCCCAUAUUACCGUAACCCCAAUGAUCCACGCGCACCUGUUUGUGCAUGAUACAACUUAUCGUCGAAAUGCGUUAGCUCUAUGUGAGGAUGAUCGUCCCCUCAUUGUGCAAUUCUGCGCAAACAAACCAGAUACUUUUUUGGCUGCUUGCCGCCUGGUUGAGAAGUAUUGUGACGGUGUGGAUCUGAACCUUGGCUGCCCUCAGAUGGAUGAGCUUGACUUAGUUUGUUCUAUGGUUUCGGCAGUUAGAGAUUACUGCUCUUUACCGGUGUCCUGUAAAAUACGUAUACGAAAUUCUCGUGAGGAGACUUUGGAGUUCGCUCGUAGACUUGUGGAAGCUGGAGCUUCAAUGUUGACGGUUCAUGGUCGCACUCGCGAAAUGAAAGGCGCAGAUACUGGAUUAGCAGAUUGGUCGAGGAUAAAAGAAGUGGUUGAAGCUGUAGAUGUUCCGGUGGUAGCCAAUGGGAACAUUCAGAUGCCUGGAGACGUGGAAAGGUGCCUUGCUGCGACUGGCGCUGCUGCUGUCAUGUCAGCUGAAGGCAUUUUGUCA